AUGGGCCUUGUCAGGGGACACUGCUCCAGCCCUGGGCACUGUGGGCAGGAAGCUGGCAGUGGCCAGGGCUGCCAUUCGAACUGGGGCAGGUGGUUUUGCCAGGAGGAAGUUGACAGUUCAACUUCAAACACAAGUGACGCAGGUCCCACACUGUCUACUCCCCCAUCCCGAGCCUGCCGGCCCCGCCCCUCCCUCCCUGAGAGCAAGAUACUAGGCCAGACACCCUCACCCACGGGUGCCGAGCUUGCCAAGGCAGAGGCAGGAGGAGCCCGCACCAAUGGGGUCUCGGCAGCCGCGGCUGGCUACCUGGUACCUGCUGGGGAUGCUGGCUCUGAGUCGCGUCGGUCCCAGAGGGGGCCCCAGCCAGGCCGGCCGCUCUCACUUCAGGCUAGAGCCCUGCUGCUGGGGCAGUCACCAACAUUGCCAGUGGGGACCACCCUGGGCAGCCGGGAGGCAGGCCUGGGCUGUUCUGUGCGGGAUCUGCAAGGAUGUCAGGCCCGUCCCUGCCCCAGGGGCUUCACGGUGUGGCUGCUCGAGCACUUCAGGGAUUUCCAGGGGAGGCUGGCCAACUCCAACUCAAGGUGCCAGGGCCAGCUGGAGGUUCACCUCAAGGGCCUGUGGCACACCGUGUGCAGGUGGAGCUGGGGCUGGAGCCCAGACGGCCGGGAGGAUGCCAGUCAGGCCUCAAAAGUCUGCCAGCAGCUGCACUGCGGAGAGGCCUUGGCCCUUGCCCACUUCCCUCCUUUCAGCAGACCCCAGAACCAGAUCAUCUGCCACGGACACCCAGGGUCGUUCUCAAACUGCAGCAGCAGCAGCAGCAGCAGCAGGGCACGCCAAUGCCCCCCGCUGGGCCUGGUCUGCUUAGAGCCCCAGACGACAACACCUCCACCCACAAGCCCCCCGCCUACAACCACUCCAGAGCCCACAGCUCCUCCCAGGCUGCAGCUGGUGGCAGGGCCCCGGGGCCUGCGGUGUGCUGGCGUGGUGGAGUUCUACAGUGGCAGCCUUGGUGGCACCAUCAGCUAUGAGGCCCAGGACAGGACCCAGGGCCUGGAGGACCUCAUCUGUGCAGCCCUCCAGUGCGGCUCUUUCUUGAAGCAUCUGCCAGAGGCCGAGGUAGCCACGGCACAAGACCUAGGGGAGCUCUGGAACCGCAGGCUCUUGCCACUUCGAUGGAAGGUCCAGAAUGCAAGCUGUGCCUCCCUGGAGCAGUGCUUCAGGAAAACCCAGCCCCAGGAGGGUGGCCGAGCUCUCGCCCUCGUCUGCUCAGAUUUCCAGCCCAAGGUGCAGAGCCGCCUGGUGGGGGGCAGCAGCAUGUGCGAAGGCACCGUGGAGGUGCGCCAGGGCAUGCAGUGGGCAGCCCUGUGCGACAGCUCUUCAGCCAAGAGCAUGACGCGGUGGGAGGAGGUAUGCCGGGAGCAGCAGUGCGGCGGUGUCAACUCCUACCAUGUGCUGGAUGCCGGUGAGAAGACCUCCCGGGGGCUCUCCUGUUCCCAGGAGAAGCUGUCCCAGUGCCACGAGCUUCGGGAGAAAAAAGCCCACUGCAAGAGGGUGUUUGUCACAUGCCAGGAUCCCAACCCAGCAGGCCCAGCAGCAGGCACCGUGGCAAGCAUCAUCCUGGCCCUGCUGCUCCUGGCAGUGCUGCUCGUUGUGUGUGGCCCCCUCGCCUACAAGAAGCUGGUGAAGAAAUUCCGCCAGAAGCAGCAGCGCCAGUGGAUUGGCCCAACGGGAAUGAAUCAAAACAUGUCUUUCCAUCGUAACCACACGGCGACCGUCCGGUCCCAGGUUGAGAACCCCCCAGUCUCCCAUGUGGAUAACGAAUACAGCCAGCCUCCCAGGAACUCCCACGUGUCAGCUUAUCCAGCUCUGGAAGGGGCCCUGCAUCGCUCCUCCACCCAGCCUGACAACUCCUCUGACAGUGACUAUGACCUGCACGGGGCUCAGAGGCUGUAA